AUUGAGCCCUAGAGGUACUCGGGUACCCCGUGAAAUCUCUAAAUUAGGUGCGUUGAAUAUUUUGCUCUGUUCACGAAAGAUUAGAAGGGAGUAAUUAUGGAUUUUGAUGAAUAUGAGUAUUUAGAAAAGACGGUUGAAAAUACUGAGCCUCAAAAGGCGAAGGAAGAUGGUAAUGGUGGCAUUGAUAGUGUCAAAUCCGAAGAGAGGAAUCGAAGUCGGAGUUCAAAGCAUAAGAGGGAGGAGAGAGCUGAUGAUUAUGAAAAUGAACAUCGACGUUCCAAGCGCUCAAAAUCACGAGAGGAAUCAUCACGUGAUCUUGACCGGCACAAGGAACGAGGCUCAAGAGAUGGCGAGAAGGAUAGGCACAGGAGCAGCCGAGAACACAGAGACAAGGACAGGGACAGGGAGGAGAGGAAUGGGAGGGACAGAGAGAGGGAACGUGAAAGAGAUAGGAAAGAGCGUGAUCGUGAGAGUGAGAGGGACAGGGACAGGGAAAAGGAGAGAGAGAGGUCAACAAGAAGCCAAAGUCGAUCAGAAAGAGAGCAAGAGAGAAGUCGGGACAGGGAGUUUAGUGAAAGAGAGUUGAGGGAACGAGACAGAGAAAGCAGGAGGAAUAAAGACAAAAAGGAAAAUGCAGCAGAGGCUGAGGCUGAUCCAGAAAGAGAUCAGAGAACUGUAUUUGCUUAUCAGAUAUCUUUGAAGGCUAAUGAAAGAGAUGUUUAUGAGUUCUUCUCUAGGGCUGGCAAGGUACGAGAUGUUCGCCUCAUAAUGGAUCGAAAUUCAAGACGUUCCAAGGGGGUUGGGUAUAUUGAGUUCUAUGAUGUAAUGUCAGUCCCUAUGGCAAUAGCACUCUCUGGACAGCCUCUUCUUGGUCAACCGGUGAUGGUGAAACCAUCAGAAGCUGAGAAGAAUCUUGUUCAGUCAACUACAUUGGUGGCAGCUGGACAGACAGGUCCAUAUUCUGGUGGGGCUAGAAGGUUGUAUGUUGGCAACCUACAUUUCAACAUUACAGAAGAUCAACUUCGUCAGGUUUUUGAACCUUUUGGUUCUGUGGAGCUGGUUCAGUUGCCUCUUGACGAAACUGGUCAUUGUAAAGGUUUUGGUUUUGUCCAGUUUGCCCGUCUAGAAGAUGCUAAGAAUGCAUUGAAUUUGAAUGGACAGCUGGAGAUUGGAGGUCGAGUAAUCAAGGUAUCAACCGUUACCGAUCAAGGUUUAUUGGAAGAUGUUGGGACAAAUGCCGCUGAUCUUGAUGAUGACGAAGGUGGUGGCUUGUCUCUGAAUUCAUCCUCUCGAGCACUUCUCAUGGCAAAGUUGGAUCGCAGUGGCACUGCAUCAAGUAUUACUGGUUCGGUAGGCGUUGCUGGUAAUAGCACUGGCCUAACUGCUACAACAGCAACAGUCCUUGGUGCUGCACCUGCGGUACCAUCCCUUGUUCCCCCUACUCUACAGGCCCAUGUUCGUACUAUCUCUGGACUUCCAGGUGUGGGUCUACAACUCCCUAGUAAUGGCAUCCCUACUAUCGACACAAUUGGAACCCCAAGCGAAUGCCUAUUGUUAAAGAAUAUGUUUGAUCCAGAUCUGGAGACGGAACCAGAUUUUGAUUUGGACAUCAAAGAAGAUGUUCAAGAAGAAUGUUCAAAAUUUGGAAAAUUGAAGCAUAUAUAUGUGGACAGGGACAGUGCUGGUUUUGUCUACCUACGGUUCGAAGAUACACAGGCUGCGAUGAGUGCUCAACGGAACCUACAUGGAAGAUGGUUUGCUGCUAAAAUGAUUACUGCUACAUUCAUGGUGCCUCAAACCUACGAGGCAAAGUUUCCAGACAGCAAGAGAUUGUUGGAAUGAUGUUUAACCUAAGGCUGCGUUUGAAAUCUAGAGGGUUCGUUAGGAAUUAUAGUUUCCUUGAAAUUUGAUAUCCCCAGGAACUUGAAUGAGAAGUUCAAAUAUCUGUAUUUGAAAUUAGAUGCACUAUUUCCUACUAAUUUUUAUUUUUAUUUUUUGCCAUGUUUGAUAUACCACUGCAAAAAGGUGGGAGUAGUUGUUGAUGACAAUAAAAUUCUUACAAGGCCCCUUGUGGUAGCAAAAAUAUUUCUAUUCUCUGAUGCA